CCCCAACACCCAUACACCACCCCCACUACUACUGCACAUUACUCCGGCCCCCACUCCUUUUGGCCUCCCCUAUUAAGUUUGAACAAUCCCUUUGCUUUAUCCUCACCAAAAUGUCUCGUCUCCUCUUCUCCUUCUCCCUCUUUCUCUUCUUCUUCUUCUUCUUCUUCUUUCCCUUUAUUAAUGCACAACCCUCUCCUGGGUAUUACCCAAGCUCCAGGUUCAGGCCUAUAGAGUUCUACAAAGGUUACAAUAACCUUUGGGGCCCUCAACACCAAUCUGUUUCUCAAGACCAAUCUUCUCUUACAAUUUGGCUUGAUCGCUCCUCAGGAAGCGGGUUUAAAUCGAUACGCCCGUAUCGAAACGGAUAUUUUGCCGCGUCGGUCAAGCUACAAGCUGGCUACACUGCUGGUGUCAACACGGCUUUCUAUCUCUCGAACAAUGAGGCGCACCCGGGUGACCAUGAUGAAGUGGACAUGGAGUUCCUGGGCACGAUACCGGGCGAGCCGUAUACGUUGCAGACGAAUGUGUACGUGAGGGGGAGUGGUGACGGGCGGAUCAUCGGAAGGGAGGUGAGGUUCCACCUCUGGUUCGACCCGACCGCGGACUUCCACCGCUAUGCCAUACUGUGGAACCCUGAUGAGAUCAUAUUCUUUGUGGAUGAUGUUCCAAUCAGAAGGUACGAGAGGAAGAGCGAGGCCUUGUUCCCGGACCGGCCCAUGUGGGUCUACGGGUCCAUCUGGGACGCGUCGUCGUGGGCCACCGACGACGGCCGGUACCGAGCCGACUACCGGUACCAGCCGUUCGUCGCGCAUUUCACCGGGUUCAUGAUCGGCGGCUGCACCGCGUUCGCCCCCGAGAGCUGCCGCCCUGUCCCGGCCUCGCCCGCCGGCUCCGGGCUCAGCCCUCAGCAGUUCACAGCAAUGCAGUGGGCCCAGAAUAAUUACAUGGUCUACAACUAUUGUCAGGAUUAUAAGAGGGACCGUUCCCUGACUCCUGAGUGCUAAGUUUGCUUGCCACAUAUGGAUCAGGUCAAGCAGGGCAAGGACAAAAAAACGGUUUUCACUUCAUCUGAGUGUUGAUUUCUUGAGAUGAUCUACUUCUUCUAUUAUUUACUAUUUGAUGAUCGAGUAUUAUUAGCAGCCCUUCUACUCUGUGUUUGUAGUUGAGGCGUUUUUGUGUGCGCGUCUGUGCUUUUUUUUUUAUUUUUUAAUUAUAAUUGUAUGAUGAUGGUGAAGGUGUGGUGCAAUGGUGUUGGCGUCUCUUAUUUUGCUGUUGUUGAGAAGAAAAUAAAAUAAUAAUACAAGAGAGCUCUUAAGUGUAAUGAA